GGAAAAUGUAAACAGAACCCCAACGGUGAGAGAACGGCGGGAAAAUGACUCGUCCCAAAAUAGUCAUCCUGAUGAGCUUCCUAAUUCCUCGACAGAAACACCCAUUGUGUCCCAGUCUGAAGAAACUUCCAAUAUCGGAACAUCUACUCAUACCGAGUUUACCGACCAGACCGUCCAACGUGCUCAAACGCAUAUGAAUUCGGGCUCGGAAUCCUUGCGUAACAAUUCCAACAUGGCCGCCAGUGUAAAUAAUUAAGUAAUCAGCGGUAUGCUGAAUACUAUGAACACAAUGCAACAAACCGUUAUGGGUCUACAACAGACAGUGCUCCGACUGAUGUCAGAUAAGACGGGAAAUACAGGAAAUAGCAACAAUGACACGGGUAAUUCACUGGACACGGCGUAUGCGGCCAUGAGGAGCCAGACUGUCCCAGCAACUCAGAAUACAGAUUUCGAAGUUUCGCAGUCUGGUACCCAGUGCCCAAGAGCAUGCAACCAAAGUACCACCACCCAAAGGUGUUUUGUGGAGCUCGAAGACAUAGUACAACAAUUAUGGACAAAUGCCGUAGCACCAAGCACAAGAUCCACUUAUAGGUCUGCGUUCCAUAUGUACGUUCAAUUUUUAUUGAUGUCAUGUGCCAUUUCUAGUGCAUAUACUUCGGACAUCCCAGUGACUGAAGACUAUUUGAUAUACUUUGUAGCUCACUGUGUUAGUAGGCUUAAGCUAAGCUUUUCAACCAUUAAGCUGUAUUUGUGCGGUAUUAAAUUUAUAUGUCUUGAAAGCAACAUUGCUUACCCAGAUGUCACCAAUCUGUCUCGACUUAAAGCAUUGUUAAAUGGUGUCAAACGAAUGCAGUUACCAUCUUGUAAGCUAAGACAUCCUAUAUCUUUUGACAUACUGAAAAAAGUUUGUAUAUAUUUUCGUAGAACAGAAAGUUUUAGAAAUCUUAUGUUAGAAACUGUAUGUACUAUAGCAUUUUUUGGUUUUUUAAGGUGUGGGGAAUUUACCAUUAAGGAUUCUUUUGACCCCACAACAAACUUAUGUGUUAGUGACCUUAGUGUUCUAGAAAGUUGUGUAUUGUUAAAUCUUAAGAUCUCAAAAACUGAUCCUUUUAGAAAAGGAAUUACAAUUAAACUGUUCCCCACAAGCAACAUAAUAUGUCCAUUUUCAAUAUGUUGUAAAUAUUUAAAAGCACGCUGUUCCUUGCCCUUUUCAGCCAAGCAACCAUUAUUUGUAAAUAGCGAUGGAAAUGCUCUAACAAGAACUGAAUUUAUUUCUGAACUUAAGCAUGCUCUUAAAUGUAUUGGAUGUAAUUCAGAUGUAUAUAAUGGACACUCAUUCAGGAUAGGGGCAGCAACCACUGCAGCUGCUGUCCAUAUGGAAGACCAUUUAAUCAAGGUGUUAGGUAGAUGGUCUUCUGAUGCUUGUUGUAGAUAUAUUAGAACACCAGAAACUGUUUUACGAGAGGCACAAAAGUCAAUGACAACUGUUUAAUACCUUGUCACCUGACACUUAUUUUCAGUUUUAGGUUUAGUUGACCUUUGUCAGA